UCAAAAUUGUCCAAAGGAGAAGCAAAAAAAAAUUCCUUUGUGACAAUGGUUUCUUCUUCUUGUUGUUGCUCUUCAACAAUAAUUUGCCCUAAUUGUUCUUCUAAGCUCCCAUUAUUCAUCACCUGCGCACGUUAGCUUCAAUUGAAACAUCCCCAAAUAGUCACCGAUAAAUCAUUUUUGCAUCGUCAUGUCAAGAUUCUUUAGAAUAGGUAGUAUUAAAAGAGUUGCACAAUCCCUUGAAAAAAGUCAGAGAAGUGCCUAUUUAGGAGAAAAACAUGGAUUGCUUGGUAGGGUUGGGAUAUGUUCUUCAAAGUACAGAUUUUAUGGACGAUACACAUCUUCUGCUAGAGGAUAUGCUUCAUUUACUGGGUACAGAGUACAAAACAGUAUGCUCAACAAUUUUCACAAGAUACAGUCUGCCACUUCGUCGAGCAAUCCUAAAGCACAUCAUGCUCAACUUGCUUGGAGGAGGUUCUUGCUGAUUUCUUUUUACAGGGGAAGAACUUUUAUUCCAUUAAAUAGAAUUGCUCAAGCAGUUAGUUUGGCUCUGUGCCGCUCUGCAGUUGUUGUUCCUGGUAUAUUUGCCUUAAGAUAUGGAAAGAAUGUAGCAGUGGCAGAGGCAGAGGCCAUGCCGGUUGUGGACCUUUCCUCGCCAAGGAAUACAUUUUAUCUACGUGCACAAGAUAGUCAUGUCUUAUUUACUCGACUAAUCCUUUCAGCAUUUGAAGGUGCUGUUCUUUUGGUGAGAGCUUUUUAUUUGGCAAUCCUGUUCUCUCCAAGCAUUGCAAUGGCGCCAUUUGCAGAAGUUCUGGGACCUAGGUACAGGAAAAUAUGGCUUCAGGUUGUUCACCGGACUCUUGAAAGAGCAGGUCCCGCAUUUAUAAAAUGGGGCCAAUGGGCGGCUACACGGCCAGAUCUGUUCCCAAGAGACUUGUGUGCUGAGCUGUCAAAGCUUCAUUCAAAAGCUCCUGAACAUAACUGGGCCUACACAAAAAAAGCUGUUGAAAAAGCUUUUGGUCGCAAGCUUUCCGAGAUUUUUGACAAUUUUGAGCAGACCCCUGUAGCAUCUGGAAGUAUAGCUCAAGUGCAUCGUGCUUCCUUGAAGUCUAGAUAUCCUGGUCGUGAGAACAAGCCCAUGAAAGUGGCUGUGAAGGUUAGACACCCUGGAGUUGGUGAAUCAAUUAGAAGAGACUUUGAGAUUAUCAAUGUAGUUGCAAAAUUGUCAGGGUUCAUACCAUCACUUAAGUGGCUUAGAUUGGAUGAAAGUGUCCAGCAAUUUGCUGUCUUUAUGAUGUCACAAGUUGACCUAGCAAGAGAAGCUGCCCAUCUAAGUCGUUUUAUUUAUAAUUUUCGAAGAUGGAAAAAUGUCUCUUUCCCUAAGCCUGUUUAUCCAUUAGUACAUCCUGCCGUGCUGGUGGAAACAUUUGAGGAAGGAGAAAGUGUCGCCCACUAUGUUGAUGAACUUCAGGGUCAUGAGCGACUUAAGAGUGCUCUUGCUCAUAUUGGAACUCAUGCACUUCUCAAGAUGCUUCUGGUUGACAACUUCAUGCAUGCAGACAUGCAUCCAGGAAAUAUUCUUGUCCGUGUACCAAAGCACAAGUCCUCUCAGAAACGUAUAUUCAAGUCAAAGCCACAUGUGAUUUUCCUUGAUGUAGGCAUGACUGCUGAACUUUCUCAGAAUGAUAAGUUGAAUUUGCUUGAAUUCUUUAAGGCUGUUGCUCGUCGAGAUGGCUCCUCUGCAGCGCAGUGCACUUUAAAUCUAUCAAAGAAGCAGAAUUGCCCUAAUCCAGAUGCCUUCAUUAAGGAAGUGAAAGAGUCUUUUGAUUUUUGGGGGACUCCGGAAGGAGAUUUAGUCCAUCCUGCGGACUGCAUGACGCAACUACUUGAACAAGUUAGGCGUCACAAAGUGAACAUUGAUGGCAAUGUGUGCACUGCGAUGGUUACAACUUUAGUCCUGGAGGGCUGGCAACGGAAACUUGAUCCAGAUUACAAUAUAAUGCACACACUACAGACCUUGCUUCUCAAAGCCGACUGGGCAAAGGAUCUUUCCUACACAAUCGAACAGGUCAUGGCUCCAUGAAACUUCCCUCAUGUUACUGCAAACAAAUUGUCUCACGAAUCGUGAUAUACAAUACACAAAUGUAUAUUUUAGCCCCAAAAGACCAAAAUCAUGUCUCUAGUUUACAUUUUAACCGAUUUAGAUAGCCACAUAUCUGCCUCACAAGAUUUUGUUAGUGAAAAGAAAUCUUUGAUAUAUAUAUAUCGAUCACCAAUAAUACUGACCUUCGGGAGCUUGACACUUGCGGCAACAAUGGCAAAAGGAAGUGUAGUAUCUUCCUUAGUUAAUUCAUUGAUUUUUCUUAUUUUUUUUCUCCUUUUCUCAUAGUAGUUUUGUCUAGGGAAAAGGAGGACGAAGACGUUAGAAUUUUGUUCUCAUCCCUACAGUUUUCCUCUCAAUGUAUGUAAUUUUUCUAGUUUUUG